CCAACCAAGCGAACCGUCCGAUCUUUUUGGGCUUCGCUACCAUUUUGGAUCUGGAAAUAUUUCAGAAAAUUAGUGGCUGUUCUUUUACAGCUGCCAACUGUCAUAAAAAAGACAUCUACAUCUAUCUGUAGCCGGAUAAAAGGUCCCAUCCCAAAUCAUUGCCAUCAAGGGAAAACCUAAGGAAAGGUGUAAAGAAAAGCAAUAUACUGACCAGAAGGCCUCUGGAGAAUUAAUUCACCAUGUUUCGAUCUCUCGUUCGAGCCGCCGCCAAGGCGCCCCGCAACCAACGUGCUCGGUUGGGUGUGAAAUCGGCAGUCUCCCGGUCCACGGGUGCAUCGGCUGUUUUAGUCGAGUCCGUUUUCAACAGCAGUCAACCACUGGCCUCGUCUGUUGGCUCUGUGGCCUCUUUUCAUUCCUCUGCUUCCACAUGGAAGUCCGUGGCCGAAACUGAAACAACAGAAAACGCUCCUUUUCAAAAGUUGAUGGCUGCCAACCGUGGAGAAAUUGCCACUCGCAUUGUCCGUGCUGCUUCUGAACUUGGCAUUAAGACUGCCGGAAUCUAUGCUUACGAAGAUCGUUUCACCCAGCACCGUUACAAAUGUGACCAAGCCUUUGAGUUGGAUGGCAGCAAGGGCCCAGUGGCCCAGUACUUGGACAUUGAAAACAUUGUCAACAUUUGCAAAGUGAACAAUGUGCAAGCUGUUCAUCCUGGAUAUGGACUCUUGAGUGAAAAUGAAAACUUUGCCGAUGCCCUGACCAAAGCCGGAAUCACCUUUGUUGGUCCCACCGUCAGCAACUUGACUACCUUUGGAAACAAGGCCACGGCUCGCCAGGUUGCCAUUGAAAACGAGGUGCCUGUGGUUCCUGGGUCUGAGGAAGCAUUUGCCACCGUCCAAGAGGCCCGUGAAUGGAUUGAUGAUCCGGCCAACAAGUGUGACUACCCCGUCAUUGUCAAGGCUUUGAUGGGAGGUGGUGGCCGUGGUAUCCGUGUCGUCAUGACCCCUGAAUUGCUUGAAUCCCAGUUCACCCAAGCAUCAAACGAAGCAUUGAACGCUGUCGGUGAUGGCCGUUGCUUUGUGGAAAAGUACGUCGAGAACCCUAGGCACAUUGAGGUCCAAUGUCUGGGUGAUGGCACCGGAGACGUGAUCCACCUUUGGGAUCGUGACUGCAGUGUCCAACGCCGUCAUCAGAAGGUGGUGGAGAUUGCCCCCGCCCAAGAUGUCCCUGAAGAAACUCGCAAAGCCAUUCUCGAAGAUUCCGUGAGGAUGCUCAAGAGUGAAAAGUACCGCAAUGCUGGUACUGUUGAGUUCCUGCUGGACAAGCAUGGCAAGCAUUACUUCAUGGAAGUCAACCCUCGUGUCCAGGUCGAGCACACUGUCACUGAGGAAGUUACUGGCAUUGAUAUUGUCCAGACCCAGAUUAUGAUUGCCAGUGGCAAGACCUUGAAGGAACUCGAAUUGACACAAGAUUCCAUCCCUGAACCAAACAACGUCUUUGCAAUGCAGUGCCGUGUCACUACUGAAGAUCCCUCAUUGGACUUCCGCCCUGAUACCGGAACCAUCAAUGUCUUCCGUUUGCCUGCCGGCAUGGGAAUUCGACUUGAUGACGGCCCUGGUUUCCCUGGAGCCCAAAUCACUCCUCACUACGACUCAUUGCUCGUGAAGAUCACUGCCAAGGCCCGAAACAGGAAGGAUGCUGCAGCCAAGUUGGUUCGCGCGCUCAAGGAAUUCCGUGUUAGAGGAGUAAAGACCAACAAGUCGUUCUUGCUGAAUGUGCUGCAGCAUGAACAAUUCUUGGAUGGAGUUGUGGAUACCGGCUUUAUUGCUGCCAAUCCUCACUUGCUUGACCCUCUUCGCGAACUCGACCGUGCCCAGAAAUUGCUCCUUUACAUUGGAAACACUGUCAUCAAUGGAACACCCAAGGAACUCGGUGCAGUUGGGUCACCUCCAAGCUCUGUCGAUCCUAUGAUCCCCGUCAUUGAACCCAAGCCUGGUCAGCUCGACAAGAAGUCCUUAAAGCAGAUCUUUGAUACCGAGGGUCCUGAGGCCUUUGCCAAGGCUGUCAGGCAGAAUGAAGGAUUGCUCAUCACGGACACUACUUGGCGUGAUGCUCAUCAGUCCUUGUUGGCCACUCGCAUGCGUACGAUCGACAUGCUGAAUGUUGCUCAGCCUACCAGCGUCGCCCUCAGCAACUGCUACUCCAUUGAGAACUGGGGUGGGGCCACCUUUGAUGUUACCAUGCGUUUCCUGCGUGAAUGCCCUUGGGAUCGCCUUUCCGAAAUGAGAGAAGCCGUUCCAGAUAUUCCCUUCCAGAUGCUCCUUCGUGGAGCUAAUGCUGUCGGAUACACAAGCUACCCCGACAAUCUUGUGUAUGAUUUCUGCAAGAUGGCCAAGGACACAGGCAUGGAUGUCUUCCGUGUGUUUGACUCGGUCAACUACAUCGAAAACAUGCGCUUGGGAAUUGACGCGGUAGGAACUGCUGGAGGAAUCGUCGAGGCUACCUGCUGCUACACUGGAGACGUUGCCGACCCCAACCGUGGCAUGUACAACCUCGAAUACUACCUGAACUUUGUCAGGCAGUUGAACGAGUUGGGAAUUCAUGUUUUGGCUAUCAAGGAUAUGGCAGGCCUCUUGAAGCCCCAAGCCGCCACCAUGCUCGUUGGAGCCAUCCGUCAAGAGUUCCCUGAUCUCCCCAUCCACGUUCACACUCACGACACUGCCGGAACAGGCGUGGCGUCCAUGUUGGCUUGCGCAAGGGCCGGUGCCGAUGCCGUUGAUGCCGCUUCGGAUGCCAUGUCCGGCACUACAGCUCAACCCUCUCUCGGUGCCCUCGUCGCCAGUACCCAAGGAACGGAAUUGGACACUGGACUCGACCUUGGACAAGUCCAGGCUUUGAACGAGUACUGGGAAGAAUGCCGAGGUUUGUAUGCUCCCUUCGAGAGUGGCCAGAAGACUGGAUCCAGUGAUGUGUACGAGCAUGAGAUGCCCGGAGGCCAGUACACAAACCUGCUUUUCCAGAGCACUCAACUCGGACUGACCGGCCAGUGGAGCAAGGUGAAGAAGGCCUACGCCACAGCCAACCGCUUGCUUGGUGAUAUCAUCAAGGUCACCCCUUCAUCCAAGGUCACAGGCGACUUGGCACAGUUUAUUGUUGCGAACGACUUGACCGAGGAAGAAGUGAUCGAGAAGGCCGAUACUUUGAGUUUCCCUAAGAGUGUCAUCGAGUACUUCCAGGGAUACCUUGGUAUUCCACCACACGGUUUCCCUGAGCCGUUGCGUUCCCGUGUCAUCCAGGGCAAGACAAUUGAAGGCACUGAUGGGCUUGUCCAGUUUGAAGGCCGGCCUGGAGCUGAUUUGCCACCCUUUGAUUUCAAGGAUGCCAAGUCAAAACUUGAUGACAAGUGGGGUGUAAGGGCCCAGAGCUUGGGCAACGAAACGAAGGAUUCAGUGAUUGACAGCCCAAUCCGCGAUGUCGAUGUCAUGUCCCACGCUAUGUACCCUGCUGUGUUCGACCAAUACAUGAACUUCAAGCAAGAGUUCGGUGACGUUGAUUUCCUCAACACCCGCACCUUCUUGACCGGAAUGAAGAUCGGCGAUGAGUUGGAUGUUGACAUUGAGAAGGGAAAACAGUUGGUUAUCAAGCUGCUGUCGAUCAGCGAUCCCGACAGAGAUGGAAUCGUCACUCUUCAGUUCGAAAUGAACGGAAGUCCACGUACCGUCAAGGUGAAGGACAAGAGUGUUGGAGUCGACACAGUUGCCCGGGCCAAGGCUUUGAAUGGUGUCGUCGGAAGUGUUGGUGCUCCCAUGCCCGGUGUCGUGCUUGAGACGAAGGUCAAGAAGGGUGACAAGGUCAAGAUGGGAGACGAUUUGCUAAGCUUGUCGGCCAUGAAGAUGGAGACUAUGGUUUCGGCUCCAGUUAGCGGAACUGUGACACGAGUCGUCGCUACCGCAGGCGAGCAGCUCGAGGUCGGAGACUUGCUUGUCGAGAUUGAAGAAGAAGAUUGAACGUUCAGUUUUUGACUAGCAAGGUGGUUGCCAAUUAGCAACCACUGGCAUCGAAGCAAAGCAAGCAAUGAAUCGAUUGCCAUGGUUUUUGAGAUAUUUUCGCGUUUGAACUUGAUUAAUUAAUAAAUCAAUAGUAAAUGAAGUUUUAUGAAUGC